AUGAACAAGAAGAACCAGACUGUUGUCACCGAGUUCUUUCUCCUUGGCUUCGGAAGCCUACAUGGCUUCCGACUCCUUCUCUUCCUACUGUGUUUCUUGAUCUAUAUCACGUGCAUGAUUGGAAACGUAAUGAUUAUUGCUCUAGUAUCCACCAGUCAUCUCCUCCGGUCGCCCAUGUACUUCUUCAUCUGCCACCUGUCCCUCUCCGACAUGCUGCUUACCUCAGACAUUGUGCCCAAUUUGCUCCAUAUUAUUCUGGAGGACGGAAAAGCCAUGCCAUUCAUCGACUGCAUCACCCAGUUCCAACUCUUUGGUGCUUCCACCGGCACCGAAUGUCUUCUGCUCACCGUCAUGUCUUACGACCGGUACUUGGCCAUCUGUAAUCCAUUGUCUUAUACGUCAGUAAUGGGCAUGAAGCUUAAAUAUCACCUGGUCGCUGGGUCUUGGGCAUUGAGCUUUGCAAUCACGCUGACCAUCGCUGUUCUGAUGUCUAAUCUGUAUUUCUGUGGCCCGAAUGUCAUUGACCAUUUCUUCUGUGAUUUUGUGCCCAUCCUCCAACUUUCCUGCUCCGACACUCACCUUGUGCAGAUGGUUGACCUCAUAUUGACGGCACCGGUGACUCUCUUACCAUUUAUAUGCAUCAUUGUCAGCUAUAUCUGCAUCUCUGUUGUGAUUGCUAAGAUCCCCACUGGUACAGGAAGACAGAAGGCCUUCUCUACCUGUAGUUCUCAUCUGACCGUCGUUUGCAUAUUUUAUCUAUCACUCAUUGCUAUAUAUCUGGUUCCGGCUUCGGGACGGUCUGUGGUUGCCCUAAAGAUUCUCUCCUUAAUGUAUUCGGUUAUUACCCCGUCUUUAAAUCCUUUAAUAUACUCUUUACGGAACCAAGACAUCAAAGUGGCAUUUGCAAAAUUGGUUUGUUGGAGGUGA